CCCAUCUUCUGUGUUAUAUAUCUGGCGUCAAUCUUUGCCACAAUCUGAAAUGUCUUCGACCAAUACAAAACUUAUAAAGUGAGGACCAAGAAGGUGGUAUCAAACAUUUCGUUUUCCUUCUUCCCCUCCCUUUCUCUCUCGUUUUGUCCUUUUGGACCUUUUAUUUUGUUCAUUUUUAGCUGUGUAGCCUUUUUUUCAAACGCCUCGACGGCCUUUUUAUUGAUAUAUAAUGUCCUCGUCUUUGGUAACUGGACAUAGACACUUUCCUUCCGCAACCUCCAUCCCAAAUACAGUAGGCGAACGCGAGUCCUCGAAACGAGAUGAUUACUAUAUUCCCGAGAAGGUUCCUGUGGUCGGCGCGCAACCUCAGACCCUGACUUCGCGAAAGCUCCAUCCCGCUUUUGACACUAUGAGAUGGGCGUGUGCAUUAUCCCAUAUCGGUUUGAUCGUACUACUAGCUUUGUUCGUUUUCCGGAACCCCGACAAGGCGGAUUCGAGUAUCAUAUCCUUCAGGAAUCCAAAUUUCAAAAUAGUAGACGAUGAUGACGCCGAUCUCGGGCAGACCCUCCAAGCGAGCGUGAAGCUUGGUUUCGGUUGGAUUAUCACUGGCUGGACCAUUGUCCUUACAUUGACAACGCAAAAGUUGGCUCUCCGCCGCCAACUGAACCUUUAUAGUAGCCUUACUGCAAAGCAUGACGCUAAUGACGCGUGGAUGGGUUUGGGAUCCUCGCUCAUGACAUUCUUAAGCUUGAAAUGGAGGCAGCUUGAGUUUCGGGAGUCUCUAAACUCUUUAUUCCUUCCGUUGCUUUACCUUGCUGGUAUUGCUUCGUUACAUUCUGUCGGAACAGGCAUGUUCGGGCUCGUAGCGACACCAUUGGACGAAAACUUCAAUUUUUUGUCACAAGGACUUCCGGACUUCACAAACACAGCUGGAAAUGUUUUGAGUGGGUCAAGCGCACUCUUAACUAUGCUCUCACUCAACGCACUCGAUUUUCCUGGGCUUGCAUCGGGAGGUGUUGGUGUGAUAUAUGAUAUUCCUAUGAACGUUUCGUUCUUUCCUCCUAGUAUCCGACAAGUUGAAGUUAUGGCUACACACUUCAAUGUUACUUGCGGUUCGUUGGCAGGGUCCGUUCAAAAUGUCACCGGGAGUGGCCCAGCGUUUUUCUUUGAGCCUGGUUUUGGGUUGGAGAGCACGUUCGUGCCAGAGUUUGAUAAUAAUUUUCCAAACACAAUCUCGCAACACAGCUUAGCCAUCAGACCUGCGCCCUGGGGACCCGCCUUCGUUGACACGUCGAUAAAUGCAGAUCUGGCUUCAUGGCCCAGUUCGAUCCUCGUCUUCACAACCGUUCCCGUGACGGAUUCCUCAAAUACGACCAUCAAGCCAGUGUCAAUUAGUCCACCAAUGACUUAUUUUCCGCAAAAUCAGACAACUCUUUCGACCACUUCAGAGGUAAACGUACUCGCCUGUAAUCUGACUGUGGAUGCGUUGCCAGACAAGGUUAUCAUCGACCCCGUUAGCAAUGCUCUCCUGAGCCCCAUCGACCAAGCAAACAAGACUGCGGCCAAGUUGAGCCCAUUUCCAACUGCCCUCCGUACAACGCCAUUCGAUGAAUUGAACUCUCCUGAAGACGCUUUAAUUGCUUUCUGGAGCUUGCUACCUAUCGCCUCAGUAUCUCCGCUAGUCUUUCAGCUGUCCAAUCUAUGUACCACAGAAAAUUCAGCCGAAACUUGCGGAACUCUGUAUGAAUCAGAGCAAUUUGUAAUGGAGUCUUUGAAUCUUUUCCCCGACCUUUUGCUGCCUCCAACUUCAGAUGCCAGCGCCAACAUUGACCUUGCUGAUCUAGAGAAUGCACUUUCCCGCAUGACUGCGAUAGAGAUUUGGGCAGAGGGUCAGGGAAAUAACCUCAAAUUUGCGAAUAGGAUUUCAUCUUCAGAAGGCAUCUCGACUAGCAAAACAUUUAUUCAGAACAGCAACACAGUGGAAUUUCCUGAACAGGUCUUGGUUUUUGCGAUUAAUCGCAUACAGUUAUUCGGUGUCUUUGCUAUUGCGAUCGUCCUUCUGCUACUAGUUAUUCCGUCACUGCUAGAUAACAACGGUCUCAAGAUCGACUCAAUUGGGAUUUUACAGAUGAUAUGGCUAGCAAAUGAUCAUCCAGAACUUCAACAAUCGAUAUCUGCGCUCGACGACCCAUCUACGGAAGACCUUAGGAAUGAAGGAAUGAAGGUCAAGCGUAAUUUCCACAGGCAUAAUGCUGAAGGUCUUCCUCAGCAACCUUGCUGAAUAUCUGUAUACUAGACAAAUGUACACUAGGAGUCAAGUACAACGCUAUAGGUUGACUUCGGUAUUGGAAUGCACAUUUGGUACUUCCGUUGAUUCACGCCAUUUUACAUCCUCAGCAAGUACUUGCUGGCCUGAAAAUUCUAAUGAUACAACAGUGAACGUAUAGUCAUGAAUCUAUCCCAGAUGAUAUUAUACUUGAAUGUAUGUGA